UCCCCUUCUGAUUUCUUCCGUCCCGACAACGGAACCAACAUCUCUCUCUCUCUCUCUCUCUGUAUGUUGAAUUUCUUUGUUUUAGCAUCACCAACCUUUGAUUCCCAAAUAGUCACAUCUUCCGCAUCGAAAAUCCCAGAUUUUUGCCUUUGGAAUCUUCUUUCCUGUUCGGUGUCAACGUUGGAUGAACUAAUCCCAGUUACGAUAUCCUUUACUUGGCGAUUGAAGUUAUGUGUGGAUUCUCCUUUUCUGGUUGUUGUGCCUGAUUGUGUUUCUUCCAUGGAAAUUUGGGCGUUUUACUGUUGAAUGUUCUUCUCUUUGUUUAAGUAUAUAUGCUAUGCAUUCGUAAAUUUAGUCUAUGUUUGUGUCAGUUUGUUUUUUAAUAAUUGAUUGCUGUGAGAGCAAUGUCUGUUGUUUUUCGGUUAAAGUAAUCUGAAAUCUCAAUCCUAAAGCCAGGAGAAAGAUUGGCAGUGAACCCUUGGGGCUGGCUGCAGAACUCAGUUACCGGUGACCUGAAAAAUUUAGGGCAUGUAACCAAGCUAUGGUCUAUCAGAGCUUUGGCAUUUAGACAAUGUCUCAACUAAACACCCAUCUCCCCGUCCUUAGAAUUAUCUUUGGUUGAUGAACAAAGUUUUGCAGUUUUCGCAAUAGGUUAAAAUAUGGUCGUCGGUUCUCAUUGUUUUUGUUCUUAGUCCGUUACUCUAUUUUCGGGAAGAAAAUCCUGUCAUCCAAACUGUAAUUUUUCAGCUGUGGAUUGACACAAAUUUAGUAUUUAGCUUCCAGUACCUUAGAACUACAACAUAUUUGAUAAUCUAUGUCUUCUGUUAUAGCUUUCAAAAUGAGUUUCGGAUUUUUGCACCGUCAUUUCCGAAUGCAACUUUUAUCACUAAUGCCUUGACUUCAUGACCUUCAAACCUUUAACUCUGUUGUAAAUGUAAAUUUCAAAUGGGAUCUCUAUUAAGUGUUGCACAUAUUCUUGUUGGCCAUUAAUUUGAAGUCUGCAUGCUUUUCAUUUAGCUGCCAAUGUAAUUCGGUUGUUCUUGCAUAGACAUUCUUCACCUCCUAAUGGGAAAUAUUAGAUCAGCCAUGGUAUGCCUCGUCUAACUAUUUUUCAAUUUAUUGAACUAUUUAACAGUUUCAGUUCUCAGAUUAUGUUUGUUAUUUAUUUAUUUUAAUUAAAUAAGCAAUGUGGAUUGCAUUAUAGAUAACAGUCAGAUUAUGUUAGAAGUUUCCUUUCUGUUUAAUCUUAUUUUUACUUUCUUUUAAAUGUUUUCAUUAUUGUCACAUCAUGUACUUGGAAAGACUGAAGUGCAUCUUAUUAGUGAAUUUCAGGACAGACUGUACUAAGUUCAGCAUCCUGAUAUAUCUUUGCAUAAAUUUCUUGAUGGGCCACCUCAGUUUAGCUGCUUCUGAAAGUCUAUGCCUCUGGGAAUUAUGUGCAGUUUCUCUUUUGAUAGCUCCUUUGGAAGUGGUGCCUUAUACUUUCAACCUUCUAUUUUCUGCUCUCCGAACAUUGAGAUUGUGAGGAUUUUCGCUGAUUGUUCUUGUCAUCUCUGCCCUGUCCUAUUGACAAGAUGAAUGCCAUGGGGAAGGACUACACUUGCUGUGGUGAUAAGACAAAGAAACAAGAAAUCCAUAAAAGUUAUCAUUUUAAGGAGACUAUGCCAGGGAGUGAGCUCUGGACUGAUGGACUAAUUUGUGCUUUUGAAUAUGUGCGAGUCCAAAGAAAAACAAAAGGACGAAGAUCUUACUCAAAGAUUAAUCAUGCAAAGAAAAUUGACGGUGAGAACAUAAAGAAACAAGUUCCAGUAUGUGAAGUCACUGAAGCCCCUUCUCCAAGAGUUAAUGCUGAUAAUAUUGUGGAUACCUCAUCUCUUAUUGAGUUGGGGGCUCAUGGCUUGACUCCUUUGGAUGAUGCUACAUACAACCAGUCCUCUCAAUCAGAACAUUUGCAUGAUGUGGACAGAUUACCAGAAAGUCAUUGGUUUCCAAUUGGGUGGUCUAGAAUUUCCGAAUUAGUCCAAACUGUGCAAGUUGAUGCAAACUGGUCCUCACAGCUGUUUGAUAUCAUGGAUGAUGAGGAUGACUUAACUGUUGCAGAUUUAGCAGCUCCUUACUGGCAGAGGUCACGUGGGCCUAUAUGGUGGUGUCAUGUUGCUGCAAGUCACCCUUUUGUUGAUGCAUGGCUAAAAAAUGCUCAGUGGUUGCAUCCUGCUGUCAGCAUCGCUUUAAGAGAUGAAAGUCGAUUGAUAAGUGAUCGGAUGAAAUUUCUUCUCUAUGAGGUCCCAGUUAGGGUUGCUGGAGGUUUAUUAUUUGAACUCUUAGGCCAGUCGGCUGGUGAUCCAUUUGUUGAUGAAGAUGACAUCCCCAUUGUGCUUCGUUCUUGGCAAGCCCAAAACUUUCUUAUAACUGCAUUGCAUGUGAAAGGUUCCGCAUCAAGCAUUAAUGUGUUGGGUAUCACAGAAGUCCAGGAAUUGCUAUUUAGUGGUGGUAAUAAUUCACCAAGAUCAGCACAUGAAGUCAUUGCACAUCUCUCCUGCCGUCUUGCUCGGUGGGAUGACAGAUUAUUCCGGAAGUCCAUAUUUGGGGUAGCUGAUGAAGUGGAGUUGAAGUUCAUGAACAGGAGGAACCAUGAAGAUAUGAAUCUUCUCAGUAUAAUUCUGAACCAAGAAAUCAGAAGGUUAUCAAGACAGGUCAUUAGAGUGAAAUGGUCACUUCAUGCAAGAGAGGAGAUUGUUUUUGAGCUUCUUCAACAUUUGAGGGGUAAUGCAGCAAAAAGUCUGCUGGAGUCAAUAGGGAAGAGUACAAGGGAAAUGAUUGAGGAGCAAGAAGCAGUUCGUGGCCGCUUAUUUACCAUUCAAGAUGUCAUGCAAAGCACUGUGCGUGCAUGGUUGCAGGACAAAAGCCUUCGGGUAACCCACAACUUGGCCGUCUUUGGUGGAUGUGGGCUUGUGCUUUCAAUUAUCACGGGGCUGUUUGGAAUAAAUGUGGAUGGGAUCCCUGGCGCUGAUAAGACCCCGUAUGCGUUUGGUCUUUUCGCCGCCAUCCUCCUCAUGAUAGGGAUCGUGCUAAUUGCUAUAGGGCUGCUCUACCUUGGACUGAAACAGCCCAUCACCGAAAAGCUGGUUGAAGUCAGGAAGUUGGAGCUGGAAGAGCUGGUCAAGAUGUUCCAGCACGAGGCUGAAUCGCAUGCUCAAGUUCAUAAGAACAUCUCUCGCCAAAACUUGCCGCCAACUUCUGCUGACAAGUUUUUGAAGGAUGCAGAUUAUGUUCUCAUCCACUGAAUACAAUCUGUACUGCAUUUGAUUGUAUAGUUGUUCUAGUACACGGUGCCACCCGUGAUGAAGGGGAAACAAGAUUUCUUCCAUCCUCUCUUCGCCCCUGGAGUGGUUGCCAGUAGCGAUCGGUUCCUGAUUUCACUGAGCUCUUCAAACGUUAAAGGGAAUGAAUUACAACGAAGAAGAAUGGGCUUAUCCAAUUCCAUCUUGUCGUAUUUCCAGGUUGAUUCUGUCCUUGUUUGUGUGUAGGCAAGGCCUCUAUUUUAGUCUCAGAGAUGACAAAAAAUGUGUAAAACUUUGAAAGACUUCUACCCAAAUUUUACAAAUAUGAAAAGAUAUAAAAGUUAAGCAAAUGGCAAUUUUUAUUCCCAACGGUUCUGUUGCUACCAUUUUGCCA